AAAUAAAAUAAAUUUAAUAAAUAACAUUAUUAUUAAUUGUGCGUAAGCUCCGAUGUUAUUUAACUGAUGUUAAACUAUUUACAGGCGCAAGUUUGUGUGAGUGCGCGUUCCUGUGCUUGUGUUCCUGUGUAUGUGAGUGUGUGCUGUUAGGAUUUUACCGUUACAAAUUAGGAGAAGUGAAAAAGAAGAGACAUAAGAAACGGCGCGAAUUCUUUUAGCGUGUGUAAACAUAUUAAUAAGAAGUAAAAGCAAAAAUACAAAAAAAAGAAACAACGCUCCACUUAACACACAAAUUAUUGAUAAUUAACUAAAACAAAGUUGUGCAGCUAUUAGUAUUUUGUUGUUGCUGUUUACUUUUUUUUUACUAUCAACCUUUUGGCAGCAGAGCGCGCCAAGCUCGAACCCAGCAGCAGCAAUAACAACAACGACGCAGUUUCUGGAAAGGCAAUUCAAAGCGAGCCCACGUCAACCGCAGCAACAUUAGCAACAACCACAUAAGCUUUAGUCUUUGCCCAAAAGGCCGACGGCUUUUCUUUUUAUGUAAAAAAGCAACAAAUUUUGUUUAGUGAACAAGAACACAGCAAAACGUUAUGUCUAAGGAUUCGGCUACGACGCGCAUUCCUCGCUUGGAUGGCCACUCGCGCAUACCACCGCCGGGCAGCUUUGGUGGUAGCACCAGCAGCUACACCACCGCCACUGCCGCUGGCGCUGCCGCCCCCACCUCACACAUACGCCCACCCACAGCACUGAAAUCGACAACACAAAUCUUUCGUGCGCCCGCAUUGCCGGCCAAUGCUCAUCCCAAUGCGAAGGCACGGCCCAUUAGCUCCUAUCAUCCGACGGCUGUGCCGCUGCAUGAUCUAGGCGCCAGCAUCAAGAAGAGCGCGUCCGGCGAACGCUUGAACAAUGCCGUCAGUCUGAUUAGCAAACGCACCACGAAUGUGCUAAAGAAAUACUUUGGCCAGGGCAAAAUGAUGGGCAACAGUGCCCCUACAGCUUCAGUCGGCUCCAAUCUGAUGAGCAGCUCGUUGCCACAAACACCGCUGCCAAGUGCCAAGCAGCAGCAGCAGCAGGCGAAGAGGCAGCCACAGCCCUUGCUGACUACCAGCACGCCCAUGCCGCUGAUGCGCUCCGAGACGUUUGUGUGCGAUGAGGCGGAGCAGCAGCUGCAGCAGGCUACGCCCAGCCGUACGCACUUGGAGCAAACGCGUCAUACCAACGUCGGCUUUGGUCGCACCUUGGAUAUGGAUGCAAUGGGUGGCAUGAGUGAAAGUGGCUCCUUGAAGAAUUGUAAUAGAACUGUUCUCUUGGAGAAGGAACAGUUGGAGCUGGAUAAAAAUGCAACACACCUGCUGAAUUCACGCAGACGCACCAUAAUCCUCUCCAGCAAUGAGACAGUCGACGGCAAUGCCAGCUGUGCUCAGCCAGAUCGUACACAUUCCGUGAUCCCCGCCAGCAAUGAGACGGCGGCGGAUGCCACACAGCUCUUGAGCAAUCACAGUUCCCAUCGUGCGGAUCGGACCAGACCCGUUAUAUCCGCUAGCAACGAGGCUGCAGAUGCUACACAGCUAAUGGGUAAUCUUAGCGGUGCUCGAGCGGAUCGCACUCGACCCGUGAUUCCUGUCAAGGACGAGACUAGAGAUGCUACACAGUUGCUGGACAAUCGCACCUAUAAUCGAGAAGAUUGCACCCGAACCGAUCAACCAGCCAGCGACCUGGAUGCUACACUCACUCAUAAUCUAUCUCUGGACUUGACCAAGAGCAUGGAUCAGUUGCCGCUGCUGGAGCACAUGUCAAUUCCCUCUGGACUGGAUCUGUUGAGCGGCGUCAAGUCGGAGCUGCCCGUUGAAACGGAGCUGGACAAUUCUGAUUUGGAUGCUACGUUGACGGCGCUGGCGCCGAACAAGAGCAACAUGAAGCUGCCACUGAACUCCACCAUAAAUACGGAGCGUCUGCUGGACAUUAGCGGCUUGCAGUCGCCGGCCAGGCACAUUCAGUUGCUCAAUUUGACGCGGGAGUUUCUGGAGCAGUCGUCGCCAUGUAUGAAUCCACAACUCGGACGUCGCUCGAUUCCACAGCAAUCGCUCGUCUGCCUGACGCCGCAGUGGGCGACGACGACGACGACGCCGCUAUCCGGACGCUUCCAGCAGUCGCCGGUCCCGGUGCAUUUGCUGUCGCCACUGUUGAAGGCAGCGCGCAGUGAUUUGGUUUUGCCCACGCGCACGCCGGAGGGUGAACUGUUGCCCAAUCCCUUGGAUGGCACCGUGGCGGCCGUUCAGCUGCGUACGCCGCGCUCACGCUACAGCUUUGGUCUGGACUUGCAGGAUACGUCCUUAGAUGCGUCGAUAGAACUGGUGGAUGGUUCCAUAUCCUCGUCACAGCAGCAGCUGCAACAGUUGCAGCAGCAGCUGCUCAAGAAGCAGCACAGUUUCGAUUUGGAUGAGAGCCUGGGCAUCCUGACGCCUGAUCAAAUGGAGGAGUUCCUGGACUCAUCCUCACAGCACAACAACAGCAACGCGAUUCUUAACCAUCAGCUGGAGCUGCAGCUGCUGCAUCAGCAGCAGCAUUUCCAGCAGCGAUUGCAGCAACAACAGCAGCAACAGCAACACUUGCAACAGCAGCUGCGCUUGGAGCAAACACCCUCUCCCGAGGAGCUGCCUCUUGAUCCCAUAGAGCCACAGCUGGUGGCUGCCAUAGCGACGCCUGCGCCAUCCUCUACAACCGCAGCAGCUGCUGUCAUCGUUGCCACCUCUGCCGCUGCGCCCGCUGCCCAGGCGAGUGCCAAGCUGAGCAACAGUUUCAUAACCAGCGUCACCAGUGUGACCAGCCUGGAUACGGGCUAUCAGGGCGAUGGAGAAAUGUCGCGUCCCGCUUCACGCGGCGCCUGCGAUCAUUCGCCCAGCAAUGGACCGCAUUUGGGCCGCGUGAGCCGCCAGCCGAGCUUUCCGCCCAUGCCCAUGCCAGCCGGCGGAGGUGCUCCAAUGCGUCGUCAGGAUCCCAUGACUGAUUCGGAUUUCUUCACCGAAUCCGAUGCGGAUGAUGUGCUGCAGCGUGGUGAUCGGCGCGCCCAGGUUAUCGACGGCCAGCUGUAUGGGCCGGCAAUGCAGCCGAGUGCAUCGGUGCCGCAGCUGGAGGACUCGUGCAUGGAAUCAUCGGGCAUUUUUACGGAUGUCGAAAAUCGCUGCGAUGAGGAAAUGCGUCUGCCCGAGCUGGAGGUGGACAUGGAAAUGGAUGUGGAUAUGUCGCCCGACGAGUCGACCCAAACCUUACGCAAGGCUCAAGGUCAAGCGCAGAGAGAGAAAACCGAACAGCAGCAGCAGCUCGUGCAGCCACGGCCGCUCUCGUCGUCGUCGGCAGCGACGACGCUCUCGAAUCGCACUUCGUACUGCAGCGUUGACGGCGGCAGCGCCAAAAGCUUUUGCGACGAAGCUUUCAAUGCGAGCACUGGCAGCGGCAGCGGCAGCGCCAGCGAGCCGCAACUGCGAUCGUCAGUACAGCGCGUAACUUCGCCGCGUCCGCACGCAUCGCUAACGUCGCUCUGUACCGUUGAGAAUUUACAAACAGCUUCGGCGCUCUCUUCCAGCUCGUCGCUCUCCUCGCCGAAAUCGUCGUGCAAGACAGCCACAAAUCGUAAACUGAAAUCGCCGCAAACGCCGCGCAGUGCUAAGGCUAAGGCGCCCGUUGCGCGCAAAUCUCAGACGCCCAAUAAAUGGGAUGCCGUUAUGCAUAAAAUCGCCAGCAAUAAGUCAACAAUCAAAACUAAUUACAAUGAUGUAAAAUCCAAAGUGUCCACCACGCGCACCAUGGCCGGACCGGGCGCAACGCCAACUGUCGCGCGCAGUCCUUCGAGCAGCGGCAGUCCGCGCAUCAGUCCCACUGUGCGGCGAUCGCCCUCUGUGACGCCCGUUGUGAAGCGCAGCACUAGUGUUAGAUCCUCAAAUGGCACGCCCACAACGCCGACGUCAACGCGGCAGCCACAGGAUAAAGGCUCUGUUGGCGUCGGCAACGGCAGCGGCAGCGGCAGCAGUAGCAGCAGCAGCGCCGGCGUCAAUGUGUUUGCGCGUCUCACCAAAUCGCAGUCACCCACAUCGCCCACUGGCAGCACAGCAGCAAAGCGUUUGCAGCCGUUGCUGGUUAAGCGCGGUCGCUCCUACAGCAAGGACAGCCAGAAGAGCUCGCAUAGCGAUCUGAGCUCAUUGUGCAAUGGCAAUGGCAAUGGCAAUGGCAAUGGCAGCGGUUCCCCAAAACAAUUGGCAAAAACUCCACUGCGUAAGUAA